UCUGAGGGUGCGCUCGUGAGCGUUGUAACCGUAAAUAUAAUUAAUUCAGAGGAGAAAGAUCCCGAGGUUGGAGGGGAUCACUAUUUGGCAUCCCCACUGUGUUUGGUUGUAUCUGUAUCGAGCAAGAAAAGGGGAAACGGCAUUGGUUGUGUGUGCUAGUAACAGGGUAGCCGCUAGCCUAUUCUUUUCAGUCCCUGUUUUUCCUCCUUGCUUUGGCAACAGCUGUUGCGCUGUAAUGGAGGCGGAAAGAUCCAGCGGGGUCGGCGGCGGAACAUACCAGAGCAUUGCAGGCAGUGGAGCUGGGCGAAAUCCGAAUGGUCCGAAGACUGUGCUUGGUCCACCAACUACAGCAGCUACCGCGGGGGCUUUAGCGGCCACCGGGGCGAUGCCUGGAUCCUCCCAGCCACGAGAACAGCAAGACGGUGAAACGGGCCUAUCGCUACCUGGGAUUUUACACUUCAUCCAGUAUGAAUGGGGACGCUUUCAGGCGGAAAAAUAUCGAUGGGAAGCCGAGCGAGAUGAACUUAGGGCACAGGUGGCAUUCCUACAGGGAGAGAGAAAAGGGCAAGAGAACAUGAAGCAAGAUCUGGUGAGGCGGAUAAAAAUGCUGGAGUAUGCCCUUAAACAAGAGAGGGCCAAAUAUCAGAAGCUAAAGACAGGCACUGAUCAGAACCCAGCAGAGAAGAAGUCUGACGCUGAGAAUGAGCCAAUUCUCAAUGGGCCAGCAGAAAUGGAAAAUGAACCAGCCAAUCAAAUGUCCUGGAAAGAGGGGCGUCAGUUGUUGCGCAAGUACUUAGAGGAAGUGGGAUACUCGGACACCAUCCUGGACAUGCGUUCUAAGAGGGUGAGGUCUCUGUUGGGUCGCAGUAGCCCAGAGGUGAAUGGGUCCCCACCGAGUGAAGUGCCUCCAGAACCUGAAUCCCACGGUGGGGGAGAGUCGCUACUUGUACGGCAAAUAGAAGAACAGAUCAAGAGGAACGCUGGGAAAGAGAAUUCUAAAGAACGGAUAGGUGGCUCAGUACUGGAUAAAAUUCCCUUCCUGCGCAGCUGUCAAGAUGAAGAGGAAGACAGUGAUGAAGAUGAUGACUUUCAAGGCAUUGGUACAGAUUGCAUUGAUGUGCCACACAAGAACAAGAAGUCCCGGGCCAAGAUGGCAGGUGAACCCAUGACCACAGAUCUAGACCCUGAUGAUGAUGAUGAUGAUGACUCAGAGGAUGCCCUUAGUGAAUUUGAUUUCCUGGGCUCAGGAGAGGAGUGCGAGGGGGCUGGGGAGGCGCGUAUCUCAGGAGAUGGCCGCGAGUUAGAAAACCGCAGGAACAAGUUGCAAGGCAUGAUGUCGGAUUUUUCCUCAAAGUCCUCCUCGCCCACUUCUGUCCCGGGUCAGUGUCGUUCUGCGGAAGGGGGCAAUCUGAGUUUCUCUUCUGAAGUGUUCAUACUGGAUGCAGUUGGAGGAGGGGACAUAAACCUUGGCGAGCUGGCUGACCUCACUGUUGCUAAUGACAAUGAACUUACUAGUGACCUGCAGGACAGUCGAGAGGAGUUUAAGAAGACAUGGAAUCCACGCUUUACGUUGCGAAGCCACUUUGACGCUAUCCGAGCACUGACAUUUCACCCCAGUCAAGCUGUGCUGUUGACAGCUUCAGAGGAUGGCACACUGAAACUUUGGAACCUGAACAAGGCCAUGCACUCCAAAAAAAAUGCAGCACUGGACGUUGAGCCUGUUUACACUUUCCGAGCACACAGUGGAGCAGUCCUCUCUCUAUCCAUGGGUGAGGAAGGGGAGACCUGCUAUAGUGGGGGUCUGGAUGGAAGCGUGCGUUGUUGGAAAAUUCCAGAUCUUAAUGUGGAUCCUUACGACAACUAUGACCCAGGUGUUCAGAGUAGUGUGCUGUUGGGUCAUGAGGAUUCAGUGUGGGAUCUGGCAUAUUCUUCCACCCUGAAACGCCUGGGCUCCUGCUCAGCAGAUGGCACUGUGCGCAUUUGGGACCCCCAAAGUUCAACUCCUUGCAUAUCUGUUUUCAACAAAGAGAAAGAACAUGGCACUCCCACCUCCAUUGCAUUUGGGAAUGCUGACUUGUCCCAGGCAGUGGUGUCCUUUGAUGGUGGUGAGACUGUCCUCUAUGACCUCAACACUGAGCAAAGCAUUUUGGUUCUGGAGACCCAGACUAAGGAUGGCAGUGAGCUGAUUAACCGUGUGGUCAGUCAUCCAACCCAAUCUGUCUCUAUCACUGCCCACGAAAACCGCACCAUCCGCUUCAUGGACAACAAGACAGGGAAAGUGAUUCACUCUAUGGUGGCUCACCUGGAUGCAGUAACUUGUCUCACCACAGACCCUAAAGGCACUUACCUCAUAUCUGGCAGUCAUGACUGCUCGGUUCGCUUGUGGAUGCUGGAUAAUCGAACAUGCGUGCAAGAGAUCACAGCCCAUAGGAAGAAGCAUGAUGAGGCCAUCCACGAUGUGGCGUUCCACUCCUCACAGCCCUUCAUUGCCAGUGCUGGAGCUGAUGCCCUGGCUAAAAUUUUUGUCUGACUGCCUAAUCCUGGCUCUUUUUCAUCUUCAUUGGGGAUACACCUUCACUAUUGGGCCUGACGUUGGGAUGAUUCUUCUACACAUACAUUACAUGCACAAAGAGGAAACAACACACCACUGCCUGUGUAAUAGGCAUGGGACUCCAUUCCUCAUAUUACUUUGCUUUCCUUUCCUUUAAUGCCUCACACGCUGUGACAGAAAUUGUACUUUGUUGACAGGAAUUGUUUUUUAAAUGCAAUGGUUUUAAUUUUAAUCUGCACAAGGAUUAUUUUUUGUUUUUUUUCAGGCUGUUUAGUGUGUAGAAAGUAAUUUCCAUUCUUUUGACAGAUGUACACAUCUUCAUACCAACACACAAUUGUUUUCAUUUUGAUGUCUGAUUUAGGACAAGUAUUUGACUGCUGUUGGCCGACAAGACACCUCCCAAGUUGCAUAUUUCAUCAGUGCCAAUGUUAAACAUCCUUGUCUGUAAGCUAAUUCCCAAAUAAUGGGAACAGCUGUUGCCUAGUUACAUGGGCAAAUGAUGCAUUUCAUUCCAAAGACUGCUGUAGAAGACUUCUUUAGGCAUCCAGUUGCCACUUUUCAGCAGUACAGAAAAAAGUCAUAGCUUUAACUUUAGCCUCAUAACUGCACACUCAAAGCCUUAGAUUUUCAAUGUUCUCCCUCAUUUGUAUCAUUACAUUUUUAUAUCAAGUGUGUGUUUGCUAUGUGUGUACGUAGAACAGGAAAGUGUCUACAUGUGAUUGCAUCAUCAUAAUUCAUAUCCACACUAAUCACAUAAUGAGAAGUGGUCUGCUGUUUUGUAGAAACUUUGGUUGCAAAUGCUUUUUGGCCAGGUAGUUGCAAAGAAUCUUUUAUGUACAUAAUGAUACUCUCUCUCAGUGUGCACUGUAUAUAGCCCGCUGUCUCACAAAUCUUGGUGCUAAGCUCUUCUGAAUCAGGGAACUGUUGCUGUAAGCUGGUGGAAUGUAUUUAUACCUAGCGUAAGCCUGCCAUUGCUAAGUUGUUCCAUCCACUAGGCAGUUUCCUGCAACUUCAGAAUAACAGCCAUUCGAGUGAAAUUCAAAAAUCUGCUGAUGAAAUGUGCUUUUAUUAAAUGUGACAAGUGGCAUCAUCUGCAUCUUGGUAGACACUGAUGUCAGAGCAGUAUGAAUUCUUGCUGUUUGCUGCAGGAUGGACUUUGCCUCCAUGUUAAACUUUAUAAGGUUUAUUAUUUACCAUUACUAUUAUUGAUCUAAGAAGGUUAAGCAUACAAAGUUGUUUAUUAGUGAGGGUGAUUGAUAAUUGCUUUUGCAAAGUUGCCAUCUAAGUUGCCAGUUUAACUUCAAAGGAUUCUUUGUCAUAGUUUAUCUAGAAUGUGUUUCACUAGCCCCUAGAGUUCAGGGAGAGUGGAGGGAGGCAUCUGAAUAUGGUAAGCAGCUUGUCUGGUUCUUAUUAGUGUGCUUUUGUCAGUGGUGGUGGAGUUUUGUUACAGAUCCAGGCACCAAAUAAAACUCUGAAGGGCCUGUCUCUACCCUGCUCCCUGUAGACAUAGUGACAAGAUGGAAAACACUACUAAAGGAGAGACGAGAUUUUAUGAACCCAAAUGGGAGGAUGGGAGAAAAUUAGAGGAAAGAAGCAAUCACAGUUUAGUGCACAAUAAUUUUGACAGAGAAUAGCUAUGAGCAUUGGUGGUCAAAAGUCAUGAUGGUUUUUGCCAGCUUUUGUAUUACUUGGUUUGUUUUUGCCAAUUGACCUGUUUUCUACAGAUGCAUGACUGGAGGCUUGUUGGUAAGCAAUGGAAAGAGCAAUUACAGUAAGCCACUUUUAGAGAGAGUGUAGUUGUCAAUCAGUAACUUGGCUCCCUCUAUUCAAAUACCUCUCCAUCCUGGAAUAAAAGUGUACACACUAGCAGGGGAUGCACAGAAUGUUAUUCUUUUUCAAAAGCAAGCUAAAUACUCCCUUGGUAUAGUAUUGCCAUAUAAAAUGGCAAUAAUGUCUUCAGUGAUUUUAGUGAGGAAUCAUGGAAGUCACUUGUUCAGUCAAUGCAUGUUAAACACACAAUUGCAGACUUACUGGGAUAGAGAUCAUCUUCCCUAGCUGUUUGCUCCUUUCCUUGGAAGUGAUUCAGGACUUAGGAGUGAUGGUUAGUUUCAUGCUACACUACAUUUUUAAGUGAACUGGGAUUAUAUGGUCUCUAAUAAAUAAUUGUUAGGUUCACUUCCAUAGAUUGCAGACUGCAUGAGUCUGUAGAAAGUUUUAGUAGGCCCCUUUUUUGUACCCUUGAACCUCAAACUAGCCUUUUAAAAUGCCGAAGUAAUCACAUUUCUCCAAGUGAGGAUAAAUCAAUUACAGAAAGAAAGAUGAAAACAUAAAAUGUAGCUGCCAUUGCAUAAUAUAAAUGUCUGCCAUACUCACCCUCGUUUGUUGCUUUUCUUUAAUAGAGUCAUCAUUAUUUUGAUUACAGUUCUUAAGGUGUAAGAAUAUAAUAGUAUCAUAUGUGAUUAUUUGGGUUUUUUAGGCUUAGAACUUGCUUGUGAUUGAGAAAUGCAGUGUAAAGCUGUUGGGGGAGGAGUAAUAGUUAUA